AAAAAAUUCUUUUCAAGACCUGGGAAAACCACCGCGACUGAUAAGGCCUGUAAGCUUUUUCCGCUAAGUGCCAAAUCCUGUCGUAAGAAUGCAGUGAUUCUCUUCCGUUGGUAGCAUAUUUUCAUGCUAUGGUAAAAGUGGCCAAAAAUAUCACAGCUAUCACUUCUUAGAAUCUUCAACUUGUCCGCGAGGCUACCAUCACGAAAUUUAUUCGUUCGUUGCACGGUGUUGUAGCAAUGGAAGUGGAUGUCCGAUUACUAGUUCUUACAAUUCUUUCAAUGUUGAUAAAAGCCCACGAAGGAGCCCCGAAAGGUAAGCCGAGUUGUUUUUUUUUCCACUUCGUUCUAUCUACAUGGUGAAUCGUUUAAAGUUCACUGUGGGUGCCAAGAUCUUUUCAGUAAGUUUUAAGCAGUUUGUAGCUGUUUUCAGUAAUAUUACUUCACCAGAUUUCACGUGCGUGUUCAAUAUUUGCAUUUGCUAAACCUACGUUAAUAACCGUGCUUUCUUUCAUGCAUCCAGUCAAUGUUAUCUUGCAAUUCUGGUGGCGAAUUAAAAGUUUCCAUUGCCUUCGUACGAAAAACUUAUAUUCGAUGUAGUAAAGACGUCUGAUUAAAUAGUUUGAACACUUCAACAAACAUAUAGCUGUAAGCUUAAUUAUCAUAUUGUUUUGAUUUAUCAUUGGAUUAUCCGACUCCAAGUUUUAAAGGACUUUCUGUUGGUAAUACGCCAGUAUCAAUACUUAUUUUUUUCGUCCAGUUCUAUUAUCAGAUUAGUGACUAAUUCCCGGUGAAAUAUGUGGUGAUCUCUAGGGGAUGAGUACGCAAUUUGUUAGAACCUUGUUGCAUUAUUUUUCAUGUUUUUCUUAUAGUUCUGGGCCCAUAUUGUCUAUGUUAUGUUUUUGAAAUCCUAGAGAUGAUAAAUGUACAGGCUGAUUCAUCCUUAAAUGUGCCAAGUCUUUACAUUACAGUACUGCAAUAUACACACUGUAUAUCUGUAAAAUAUAUUGUCUUCUGUUACUGUAGAACACAAUUUUUUGUGAGGCUUUUUCUCACAUCAGUUAAGCUGAAUUUAUUUUAUUAGCAAAAUCACUAAUUAGUUUUGUCAAUAACCAUUCCAAAGAGAACAUUCACUCUUCGAUUGUUGUUAGAACCAUGUAGACAACCACACACUGCUAUCCAUUUUUCUAUUCAGUUGUUCAAAUUCCAGUGGGUUUUUUUUUUUUAUUCAAUUAUUCACCAUCAUUUCCUAAGUCUUUGUAUAAACUAAACUUUCUCUUGAUAUUAGGCAGCAGAAGGUAUAUUGGAAAAGAGCAAAAUUAUCAAAAUUGCAACAUGAGUGCAGGAAAUAUGGGUAAACCACAAACCCACUUGACUGCUACUUAUAUUUAGGUUUUAAUCUCUGAGUAGCCUUAUGUUAGUCACAUAAUGAUUAAAUCUUCAGAAGUAAAAGUACUUAACCAAUAGAUUCCUUGUGCUGUACAUCUGUUAAGUAAUAUAUCAUAUAGUAAACAUCAAAAUGCAGUAAGAACAAGAAAAAAGGCCAACAAGGCAUAGCUGAGUGUGUCACUAUGCAUAAUUCAUAAUUUUUCUCUCUAACUCCAGUUGACUUAGCAGACAAAAUACUCCUUCACUGCACUUGGUGCCUAAGAAACAUUUCAACAGCAGCAUGCAGAGUUCUAAGCAAUGGGACUAUAUCCUGCAUCAGAUGUACAGCACAUUUACAAGAUGGUUCUCUUUGUGACAUGUGCAGAAACUCUGGAAUGAAUAAUGACAACAAGACUGGACUUCAAGCAUGUGACACCUGCAUGUGUAAUGGUAGUUUUGAUAGCAUCCAAGUUACAAAUUGUAACCACAAAGCUGGCCAGUGUGUAACUUGUGCACCGCGUGGCUCAGAGAAGGAGUGUAGAAAAUGUCUGGACACAGGGCAUGGUUCAGAGUCAUCUGUUGACAAUUGUGUAACAGGAAACGACAAAGUAGAAGAAAAGGAAAAAUCAGGUACGUGUUCCUUACAGAUGUGGAAUAUUCUAUGAGUGCGCGUAAAAUUAGUUUUUGUAAUCACUGGACUCUUUACACUUCAAAAUCAGCAGGCAUUAUCACCUACACAUUCCCUUAGGUUAUGACAAGGAGAAUUUCUGAAACAUUCAAGAGUUUCUUAAGUUAUCAUUUCCUUAUUUCUUGUGACCUUAAAUAAUGUGUGAUUAAAGGGUGGUAUUUUAAGGAGAAAUUGAAUGCUAGUCACUCUUUGGGGUAUAGGGUAAACCCAUAUCAGAAAAUUAAAGAGUGAUUGUUGUUUUGACGGCUCUAAAUCUCAGCUUAAACUUUCAUGUAUGUGUUUAUUAAACAUUUAACUGUUGAAUACUGCAUGAUCAUAGGUAAAUUUUUUUAAAAUUGCUCAACCUGUAUUGAAACUCUGAAUGGUGUUUGAUCAUUUGACUUUUGUUUGUGAACUUGGGUUCGUGAAGAGCACAAUAAUUCAACUUUAAUGCAUUUGUGCUGUAAGGAUGUUAGGAUGGUUGUGUAUGGUUUCUUUCAAAUUUCUUUAGUGAGGCAUUGACCCUUGCCCAGAAACAUAUAUCAUGUAAUUCAGGUAUUAAUGCCAUGUUUUGUUCUAGGAUUUUCAACAAAAGAGAAAGUCAUUGUUGCUGGUUGUUGCACCUUUGGUGCAGUCUGCCUGUUUAUGAUCAUAUUCCUGAUCUAUAGGCACUUCAAAAGCAGGCGUUUUAGUGUGAAAAAACCUUUCUGGACAGUCGAACUCACAAAUCGUAACUAUGAUGACCUGGACUUUUCUCUUCUGGAUCCCAUUACUGACAUUCCCCUGGUAUACCGUGCAGACAUUGGUGAAUUUGAUAAUGAUGCCUUGCUCGGUUCAGAGAAACCACAACUGAGUAUGGAGGUUGACGAGGCUACCGAUGUGUCUUAACAAGAAAAUGUUUGGUAUACAACUAAAAACACAUGAUACUUGUGCACAUAGUGAGGCAUUUAUAUCAUAGGUGAUGUGAGCCAAGAGCAUCAGGUUACUAAGUAAAUAUAAAUAUACAUGUUCUGUGCCUUGAGUGCUGACAUGUUAGCCAGAAUAAUGUUAAGAUUUAAAUCAUUAUCAUGAAGGUAUAUCAAGGUUUGGUCUUGAGAAAGUAAACAUAAUCUCUUUGCAUGUAGUAACCAAAAGUAAUACCGCUAGUUUAACAAAUCCACUAUGGAGUAGUUGGUAAAACACAAGCUUGUUUGUCAGUUGGCCAUGUUGUGCAGCUGUACACAGUAUAUGUUGUGUACUGGGCAUGUUUGUAUCUGUUGUCUUGUUUUCCUAUUAAUUAUUAUUAGUAUUAUUAUUAUUAUUAUUAUUUCCUAUUUGUUUUAUCUAUGCACACCAAGGUUAUGUCUACUGCACUUAAGUAUUGGGUAUGGAAACAUUUUGUAAGAAUUACAAAUUGGCACACUAGAGGUAGUAUUCAUAUUAACUUCAUGUCUAUUUAAUUAGAACAGUAAACUGACUUCCAUUUUUUUUUCCAUUUAAUGGAGAAAUAGUUCUAUGUCUUUUGACCCCUCAAAAUUAGUUAAUAUGAAAGAGAAUUUUCAGUGUGGUUUUUGUGAUCUAUGAAACAAAUGAUGAGUUUUACUGUAGCUAAUAGCAUUUUAUUGUCAAGGUGAAAUCAGCUUGGGAAUAUAUUUUUACCAAAUGAUUGGCAUUGAUUUCUCAGAGUACUCUAUUUUGUUAUUUUCAUUAUCAUAAUAAUGUUGAGAAGGGCAAACAAAUUGUAGUAACAAUCAUAUUUGGCUAAUAACUAGCCCAUACCAACAUUUUGAUUAUAACUAGAUAUGUUUCAUUUGUAUGCUGAGGUACAUGUACUUGUUGCACAAAUGUUUCUUUAGAAACCAUUUCUUCCAUUACAGGUACAGUGACUAAAUAUAUUUUCUGUUCUUCAAAAUCACAAGGAACAAUUAAAAAGUUGAGAUAAGAGAACAGUCUAUUUAUUUUGAAAUCACAUACAUUAUAUGUUUUACAGGCUUUUAAAUUGAAAAAUGACUAGGUGUCAUAUAGUGUUGCUAAAGAAUUGAUUACAACAAGGGAAUCAGAGUGAGGUCUUGAAGGUACAUCUUUAGUGUGUAUUAAAAUUGCCUGGAAUGAUAAUGCAUCAAGGACUUUUGGGUUCAUACUCUCGCCACGAGUUACAGUAUGAAAUUGUUAUUGGAUUUAUAGUAUAGUUAGGUAUAAAGUUUAUAAGAUUAAUGUUCC